GCAGUGUCCUCCGUUGCGUUCGACCACGAGGGCUCACGUAUCGCCGCCGUUUCCUACUGGCGAUCGAUCCAUAUCUUGCAUGCCGAAACCGGGAAGGCAGCACUCCCUCCAAUCGAUGGGCAUGAGCGGGUUAGAUCCGUCGCCUUCUCUCCCGAUGGAGCACGCCUCGCCUCGGGCUCUGAGGAGGGCACGAUUUGCUUUUGGUCGGUCCAGGACGUUGGGUCUCCCACAAACGGACACAACGACAAGAUCUACUCCGUCGCCUUCUCUCCCGACGGGACUCGCAUCGUCUGCGGAUCACAGGACAGGACAACCCUCAUAUGGACCUUGAAUACAAAGACGGUCAGGCCCGCCGACGAGCCACUGCGAGGCCACGCUUCGGGCGUGUCUUCAGUAGCGUGGCCGCCCAGGGGAAAACGGAUCGUCUCCGGAUGGGCGGAUAAGACGAUCCGCAUCUGGAAUGCGCGGUCCCGUAGGAUGCCGCUGAAGCCCUUGCAAGGCCAUUCGCUUGCAGUAACCUCCGUGGCCUUCUCUCCGGAUGGCAAGCAUAUCGUCUCGGGCUCCUAUGACGGCACAAUACGGGUAUGGGAUACCAAAACGCGCUGA